AUGAAGCGGCAGCUGAACAAUCACAGCUGUGUUCAGGAAGUCGAGCUCAGCUACACGGGCGAACUGUUCGACGACGAGAGCCAACUGCUGAGUCAGGUCCACCCCAACGCUGACAUCUCGCAAAUUGCGCUCGACGGACGUCGAAUGAAUAAGCCCCAACUCUGUCAGCUUGUUCAUGUCAUGCUCCGAGGAGAUCCCACCCGAAUAAAACUUCGCCACAAUUGUUUCGGUGCCACCGAAAUGACGGCGUUGGUUCGGAGCAUUGAUCGAGCAAACAGGCGACUCACAGACCUCGAUCUUUCCGACAAUCGGCUGAGGGGCCAGGACAGCCUCGCUUUGCUCAAGGUCAUCGAGACUUCCAAGACCAUCAAAUGCCUGAAGCUCGAUUCCAAUAUGGUCGGCGUACGAGGAGCGCAGCGCUUCACCAAGUUGCUGAGGACCAACAAGACGUUGCUGAGUGUGAGCCUCUUCACGACGAAGAUAAAUGACAAAGGCGCUGUUGCAAUUGGUCAAGCUCUUGCGGCGAACAGCACACUCGAGCUCCUCAUGAUAGGCGGGAACUCCAUUGGUCCCACAGGUGCUCAAGCCAUCGCCUCGUCCAUUGAGCUAAACACCACCUUGGCCUACCUCGAUCUGCAGUGCAACCAGCUAGAUAACAGCGGUGCCGUUUUCCUCGCUCGGAUGCUCCAGUCCAACAAAACGCUUCGGACACUCGACAUAUGCAGAAGUUUCAUUCGCAGCAAUGGUAUAGUGGCAAUCGCUGAUUCACUCACGAACAACCGGACGCUCCUGGAGCUGUUCAUUGACUGGUCCUGUUCACUGAAAAAGCGGUUGUGGCGUUUGCGCGCCUCGUCGCCUCCAACAAGACGCUGA